AUGGUGGCGCCACUUUCCGCUGCCCUGGCUUUGGGCUCGCCAGGGCUCCGGGGUGGGUCAUUCAACCACACCACGAUCUCCUCACGGGCCACAACUGCAGCGUGCCGCGCUGUCCUUGUCGCAGUGCUCAUUUUGAUGGUCGCACCGUCAGGGGCGCAGGGAGCCGUCAUGCCUGCGAGCUUCCGGUGUUUGCGCCCCUUCUCUGCCACGGACACGUUCUCGAACGUGGCCAAGGCUCAGCUGUCUCAGAACUGCGAUUACUUCUACUUCACAGUCGAAGAUGCAAAGGCGGAGCUGAAGUGCACAUCGUCAUCGGCUGCCGCGACGGUGGUGUCGGAUGACAUAUCCUGCAGUGUCACGGUACGCUGGUCGAUGCGACGCGCAUCGGACGUCACGGCGCGCCUGCAACGCCAAGUUGGCACCGAUAAGGAUUACUUCGUGCAUGACGCGAGCACAGCCUCCACUGCAACGUUGCCCACCCGUACCCGUAACACGCACCAGUCCGCGAGGGUUUUCUUGACAGAGGACGAUGAUGUGUGGCGCUACACCGUCUCGCUGAAGGCUAAGGGCGACUCCUCCAUCCACUACAAGGGAUUCAGCAAAGGAAACGGGUAUAGCCUCUGCUGCAACGCGCUGGAGGAGGCCGACUGCGCGUGGAUGACUCUGGAGAAGGGCGACAACGACCUUGACUGUGACGAGGCCAUUGGCUCGGCGUUUGCAUCACAGAGUACUCGUACGUUGCGAAGUUGCCCUCUUCCACUUCCUGCACGGCGCUGCGCCGCCGGCGACGUCGACGACGACUGUGGCGCGUGGGCGGGUGCUGGUGUAGUUCUAACUGACCUCGACGAAGAUGAGGACAGUGGCGUUUUCCACGGUGUCAUCACGAAAGCCCUGCACCGCAUCGUAGAGGGUCCAUGGGAAAUGGUGGUGCAAAUGUGGCGGCGACGCCAAUGGAUACCGUCAAAUGGCGCAGAGGCUUCCUACACCAUCCCCACUGACGAAGGCGUCGAGGCUGAGGUGCUUGGCCGCAUCGUGGUUCCCUUCACGCUAAAUGUAGCCGACCUGCAGGGGCAGGGCCGCAUCACCUACGUACCGAGCAUGGCACUAGCAGUCGAGGACAUCGCAGAGGUAGUGAUGGUGACGGAUGUGAAGCCCGCUGUCGAAGCUGGGGACCUGUGA